GUGCUUCCGCGCGGGAUGGCGCCGCCGGAGGAGGCCGGCGGCGCGGACCAGUUCCCGGUCGGGAUGAAGGUGCUGGUGGUGGACGACGACCCGACCUGCCUCGCCGUGCUCAACAGGAUGCUCGUCCAGUGCCGAUACGACGCUACAACUUGUUCUCGGGCCACAGUAGCUUUAUCUAUGCUACGGGAGAACAGGGGUGGUUUUGAUGUUAUAAUUAGUGAUGUUCACAUGCCUGAUAUGGAUGGAUUCAGGUUACUUGAACUUGUAGGCCUUGAGUUGGAUCUUCCAGUUAUUAUGAUGUCUGCUGAUUCAAGUACAAAUGCUGUAAUGAAAGGAAUCAAACAUGGAGCAUGCGAUUAUUUGAUUAAACCUGUCAGGAUGGAGGAGUUAAAAAACAUCUGGCAACAUGUUGUACGGAAAAAAUUCAGUGGAAACAAGGAGCACGAGCAUUCAGGUAGCCUAGAUGAUACAGAUCGGACCAGGCCAACCAACAAUGAUAACGAGUAUGCUUCUUCUGCAAAUGAUGGAGCUGAUGAUAGCUGGAAAUCUCAGAAAAAGAAACGGGAUAAAGAAGACGAUGACAGUGAAUUGGAAAGUGGUGAUCCUUCUAAUAGUUCAAAGAAACCAAGAGUUGUUUGGUCAGUUGAGCUCCAUCAACAGUUUGUAAAUGCAGUCAACCACCUUGGAAUAGACAAAGCUGUUCCUAAGAAAAUUUUGGAGUUGAUGAAUGUCCCUGGUUUAACAAGGGAAAACGUGGCCAGCCAUUUGCAGAAAUUCAGAUUGUAUCUGAAGAGGAUAGCUCAGCAUCAUGCAGGCAUGGCUAAUCCAUAUGGUGUGCCUGCUUCUAGUGCUCAAAUGGCCUCAUUAGGAGGACUUGAUUUCCAAACUUUGGCUGCUUCAGGUCAGAUCCCUCCUCAAGCCCUGGCUGCUUUGCAGGAUGAGCUCCUAGGUCGACCCGCGAACAGCCUGGUGUUGCCUGCAAGGGACCAGUCAUCUUUACGACUUGCUGCAAUCAAAGGAAAUAAGCCCCAUGGAGAAAGAGAAAUAGCAUUUGGUCAGCCCCUGUACAAGUGCCAGAAUAAUUCAUAUGGGGCAUUCCCACAAAGCAGCCCUGCAGCUGGAAGAAUGCCUUCUUUUUCAGGUUGGCCCAAUAAUAAACUUGGCAUGACAGAUCCAACCAGCACACUGGGUAAUGUGAAUAAUUCUCAGAAUAGCAAUAUAGUCUUGCAUGAAUUGCAGCAGCAACCAGAUACCAUGCUGUCAGGAACCCUUCACACUCUAGAUGUCAAACCUUCUGGCAUAGUAAUGCCAUCUCAGUCACUAAACACUUUCGCAGCUAGCGAGGGUCUCUCUCAUAAUCAAAAUCCUUUGAUUAUGCCUUCUCAAUCGUCAGGUUUUCUAACAUCCAUUCCUCCGUCCAUGAAGGCAGACUCUGUUCUCCCAACUUCUCAAUCACCAAACAGUCUGUUAGGUGGAAUUGAUCUGAUUAAUCAAGCUUCAACCAGUCAACCUUUCAUUAGUAGCCAUGGAGGAAAUCUUCCUGGUCUCAUGAACCGUAACUCAAAUGUAAUACCAUCACAAGGAAUGAGUAACUUUCAGACUGGGAAUAAUCUGUAUCUGGUUAAUCAGAAUUCCAUGGGACUGGGCUCUAAACCACAAGGUGUUCUAAAGACUGAGAGCACUGACUCUCUCAGCCAAAGCUAUGGUUAUGGUAGCAACCCUAUGGAUUCCGGCUUGCUGUCUUCUCAGUCAAAAAAUGCACAGUUUGGUUUCCUGCAUAGUCCAAAUGAUGUCACUGGUGGCUGGUCUUCCUUGCAAAAUUUGGAUAACUAUAGGAAUACUGUUGGGCCAAGUCACCCAGUUUCCAGUUCGUCUAGCUUUCAGAGUUCCAAUGGGGCACUUGGAAAAUUGCCUGAUCAAGGACGAGGAAAAAAUCUUGGGUUUGUUGGCAAAGGUACUUGCAUCCCAAACCGCUUUGCAGUGGAUGAAAUUGAAUCUCCAACGAACAGCUUGAGUCACAGCAUUGGAAGCAGUGGAGAUAUCCCUGACAUGUACGGAUUUAGUGGACAGAUGUGAAAGGCUUCUUGAAUUUGUAAGUAGGGUGAUCACCGGAAACAAUUUAGUGGCUUGAUGAAUGGUUGCUUGUCUUUUUCGUUUCAUCUUUCUUCUCUGUAAUUGGUUUAUAAAGGGAAUAAUUUCUGUGACAGCAUGUCGAAUCUUGGUUUAUAGAAAGUUGUUCGGUUUAAAGAACUUUAAA